AUUCAAUUCAAAGGAGCGUAAUCCAUGGCGGUCGCUGAGAAGUUUGAUUUCCCGGAUGAGAUCGACCAGUUGCUCAGCUUGAUUAUCGACGACUCCCACAGCAACAAGGAGAUCUUCCUCUCUGAGCUCAUCAGGAACGCCUCUGAUGCUUUGGCCAAAAUUGUAUUUGAGAGCGUGACAGACAAGAGCAAGCUCCAUGCCCAGCCACGGUUCUUUAUCUGUGUUGCACCUGACAAGACCAAUAACACCCUGUCUAUUAUUGAUAGUGGUAUUGGCAUGACCAAGGCUGAUUUGGUGAACAAUCUUGGUAUCCAUUCAAGGUUUGAAACCAAGGAAUUUGUGAAGGCAUUGGUUGCUGGUGCUGAUAUCAGCAGGAUUGGACAAUUCGGUGUUGGUUUCUACUCUGCUUAUUUGGUUGCUGAGAAGGUAAUUGUUACCACAAAGCACAAUGAUGAUGAGCAGUAUGUAUGGGAAUCUCAAGCUGAUGGGUCAUUCACUGUCACUAGGGACACCUCUGGUGAAAACUUGGGCAGGGGUACCAAGAUCACACUUUUCCUCAAGGAGGACCAGCUUGAGUACCUUGAGGAGCACCAACCCAGCAGAUCUGGGUUCGAUGUAACCCAGCAAAUAGGUUCCAUGAAGGAGUGGAAUCUCUGCUUUAUGAGAUAGUAAUCUCGCGAAGAAUAGAUGAGAUAUUCAGAAGAGGAUUUUGCAUUGUUUAAUUUAGUAAUUUUCCAUGUUGAUCUCCUGUUGUUUUGGUCGCCGAUUAAUUUCGCGUUGUCGAAUAUGAUCUGAUCGAUUUACUUCUUCAGCAUAUUUUUGCCAUUUUUGGAAAUCUGCUAUUGUUUCAUGCUUCUGGAAUCUCCGUUUCUUGAAAUUGUUGCACGUAGAUCUGAAAAUCAAACCAUUUUUAGGAU